AUGUGUUAUUCUUUCUUCAUACAAUCCAUGUAUUUAUCUUUAUUACAGUCAUUUUCAAAUAAAAUUAUCUUUUAUCCAAUUGACACUUGCCCUUUCUUAACUCAAUUCACUUUCAUUAAAGUAGUUGUCUUCUCUUCUGUUCAAGUAGUAUUUGGUCUUUUAUCUCCCUUUCUUCAAUGCUUUCUUUCUUCUUUACUUCUUUUAAUUAUAUCUUUCAGACAUCAUCUUCAUCCUUUUUACUUUCUCUUUCCAUCGUCAUCUCAUACUGAUCUAUCUGGUGUAUUGUAUCCAUCUAAUGAUGUCAAAUUAUCUUUGACUUUGUUGUUCCACUCUGAUGAAAUUCAUAAUGUUUCAAAACUCCAUACAAUCUCAAAGAAACUUAUCAAAUGGAUUUUUCUUAUAUUGUUCUUUAUCCAAUGGAUAUCUUUUCUAUUGUGUUAUAUAAUAGCCAAUUAUAUAGUCUUCUAUGGAAUAGCAUUCCUUUAUUUUCUUAUUGUGAUUUUAUCAUUCUAUCUAUCAUUUUCAUCAUCAUCAUCAUCACCACCUCAACCAAACCCAUCUCCAUUAUACGAUGUAUUAAAUCAAUUAUUGCCUGUAUUAACACAAACAAAGUGUGAAUUUACUCAAAUAACCAUUUAUAUAACAUCUCAAUACUACUCUUUUGAAUAUAUUCAACCAUUUCUUCAAUCCUCACAAUUAGCAAACAACUACAUUUUAGUAUUUGAUCAAAUUGGUGAUGAGAUUCUUCUUCUUAGAUCAACAACAAAACAUCAUACAAAUGACCAACUAAACAACACAAUUGAAGAUGCUGCUGAUGCAGAAGGGAUUACUCUUACUAAAUGUUCUCGUUCUUCACCAUCUUCAAUGCUACUUUCACGUUCAUUUAAAACAUCUGUUAUAACAUCAAGAAAUAACUAUUCGUUAAUGAAAAAAGAUGAAACAAAGAUUAAACACAUUGUGAAAUUAAUUAGUCGAAUGGUAGUUCAAGUAGAUAGAAUUGGAAUUGAAUAA